AUGAAACAAGCUUUCGGAAAUUCAAAUAAGGAAUUAUACGCUGAUUUAACUUUACAAGGUAUUGAAGCUAUUUCAAAAGUUUAUACGGUUAAUCCAAAACUUGAUAAAUCAAAAACAAGAAUUCAAAUUAAUGAUAAUGGUGAAAUUGAAACAAUUGAUGAUUGGAUGUUAGAAACUGAUGGAACUUCAUUAAAAAAUAUUGACGCUGUACGAAAAGCUAUUGAACGUGAAAUGAAUCAUGUUAUUUCAUUUGAUGGUUCUUAUGUUAAUUAUCGUCAUUUAGCUCUUCUUUAUGAUAUUAUGACAACUAAAAGACAUUUAAUGGAUAUAACAAGACAUGGAAUUAAUAGACAAGAUGUUGGACCUACAAUGAGAUGUUCUUUUGAAGAAAGUGUUGAUGUUUUAAUGGAAGCAGCGGCACAUGCAGAAUUUGAUUCAUUAAAAGGAGUUUCGGAAAAUAUUUUAUUAGGACAAUUAACUAAAAUUGCUACUGUAUCAUUUGAUUUAUUAUUAGAUGUUGAAAAAUGUUCAUCAACAAAAUAA